AUGGCGCCCCAGCGGCCCAUCCUCACGUGCGUGCUUGCGGCCGCGGUGGUGGCCCUGUGCCGCAGGGGCGCCGGCUUCGUGGGCUCGCCCGCGCCCAGCUGCCAGCGCGGCGAGCGCGUGGCCGCGCGCGUGAGCGCGGAGUACCUGGAGCGCUGCGGGCCGAAGGACGCGGAUGUGGCGUUCGAUGCCUCGGCCGCCACUGGCCCGGGCCCCACCGUCACCUACAAGAAGCGCCCCUUCGGCAUCCUGCGCUACCAGCCGGGCAACGGCAUGAAGGGCGCGAUGGCCAUGGAGGUGAUCCCGGUGUCCCGGUACCCUGGGGACCCCCAGGGCCAGGCGUUCUCCGCCGGCGUGUCGGGCGGCAUGGUGGUGAAGUCCAUCGCCGGCGCUGAGGUGUUGACGGAGGACUUCGGCAAGAUCAUGGACCUGCUCGACGACGAGGUGGCCGACCCGCGCUUCUCGAAGUCCACCGCGCUCGCCCUGGAGAAGUUGGGGAGGAAGGCGGACGCCGUUGAGCCGCCCAUCGAGGUGGUCUACGCGACCGUGCCGGGCUACGUGUACGCGGGCGCCGAGAUGAAGGCGGACGGCCAGGACGGCUUCGCCCGCUGA